GGAAGAGCCCUUGUGGGUGCAGUUCAUCUUCGCUUGAUGCCAAGUCGAUGAUAGUUCUUCGUCCUAAGGGAGAUUUAAAAGCACAUUUCUACGUACUAAACCUCAACUUGUAGUUUUCACAAAGACUCUUCAACAACGUCUUCGUCAAGAUGAGCUUCCUGUUUGGCAGUCGCUCAUCUAAGACCUUCAAGCCGAAGAAAAACAUCCCAGAAGGCUCACACCAGUAUGAGCUGCUCAAACACGCCGAGGCGACGCUGGGCAGCGGGAACCUGAGACAGGCCGUCAUGCUGCCAGAGGGAGAGGAUCUCAAUGAAUGGAUCGCUGUGAACACCGUGGACUUCUUCAACCAGAUCAACAUGCUGUAUGGCACCAUCACAGAGUUCUGCACCGAGACCAGCUGCCCUGUGAUGUCUGCAGGACCAAGGUAUGAGUAUCACUGGGCUGAUGGGACCAACAUUAAGAAGCCAAUCAAAUGUUCUGCACCCAAGUACAUAGACUACCUGAUGACCUGGGUGCAGGACCAGCUGGAUGAUGAGACGCUCUUUCCCUCAAAGAUCGGAGUUCCUUUCCCCAAGAACUUCAUGUCUGUGGCCAAAACCAUCCUGAAGCGCCUGUUCAGGGUUUAUGCUCACAUCUACCAUCAACAUUUUGACUCUGUGAUACAACUGCAGGAGGAGGCUCACCUCAACACCUCCUUCAAGCAUUUCAUUUUCUUUGUCCAGGAGUUCAACCUUAUUGACAGGCGGGAGCUCGCUCCUCUGCAGGACUUGAUCGAGAAACUUGGAUCCAAGGACAGAUAGACAUUUCAUCAUACAUUUCCUCCCUUUUAAAUGUUUGUUUUUUUCUCCUUUGCCCUUUCUCUUCUACCUCUGAUUUCUAGCCUCAACUUGUAAAGAACAUUUGUGCCUUUACACUUAAUAUUUGUACUGUACAUUUUCUUAUCACCUUUUGUUCUACACAGAUUUUGAGCCUUUUUAGCCUCUUGGACUUGUAUACAGUAGUGCAGUAAAGGAAAGAUAUUUUUCACAGGA